CUCUUUUUCUUCUUCUCCGUCUUCUUUCUCCUUCCAAUGCAAUUUUUCUUUGCUUUUGUGCCACAAAUUCACUCUUCCAUGAACUUUCUUCUAUCAAGGUUGAUUCAAGAAUUUGUGUAGCUAAAAGACACCCAAAGAUAUAAACAUGGCAACAAAAGCAAAGGAAAGUUAUGUUGUUGGAAAGGAGAAGAAGGCCACAACUUCAAAUUCUCACACCACAACCACCAAAAGGACCACCAAACCCUUAACAUCAACAUCAUCAACAACAUCAACAACAACAACUACCUCCAUUAAGAAGCUUAACAGAACCUCUUCAGACAAAAACAUCCCCAACUAUCUCAAGCCCACUUUAACCUCACGCCAUGAAUCAUCCUCUUCCAAACAUCCUAAAACUAACAUUCACAACAACAACAAUAUCAACAAUAUCAAGAAGACUUCAGAAGUGAGAAGAAGAUCUUUGGACAAACCACUUUCCUCUUCAAACAUCACAAAACCUUCACUACGUAGGUCCUCCAUUGGCCCACUUUCUAAAACCACUAUCCCUUCAAAACCCAUUUCAGAUAGGACCAUAAAGGCCACAACUGAUGCAAAAACUAAGCCCCUACACACAAGGGUCACAAAGAAAACCACCCCUUCUACUACUAUUUCCUCUACAGGCACCAGGAAGGUAGUAGCCAACAAGGAUCAUGGUUCUGUGAAGUCAGCAAAGAAUACUCCUAAGCAAACUAAGAAGGCCUUGAGUGUUGAAACUGAGCAGGUUAAGGAAGUUACAAGUCAAGAAGUUGAAGUGGUAAAGGUGGAGGAUGAAGAACACAGUGUGCAUGAGGUUGAACAUGUGCCUGAAAUGUUAUUAUUACCUGAUGUUGAAUCUGAUGAACAUGAGAUUGAACAUGUAAUGGUGGUUGAUGAUUCUGAGCCAUCUCAUUAUGAAGUUGAUGAUGAGAGGGUGAUCUCUACAGUGUCAGAAGCAGAAGAAGAGAAGGCAAAAGAUGAGGAGCAUGAAGUGGAGGAAGAUAAAGAAAACAAAGAUGGAGUUGUUGAAAAUGAGAAAGAUGAAGGAUGGGUGGUGAAUGGAAUGGAAGAUAAGAAGAAGAAGAAUGAAGAAGAAGAGGCAGUGGAAAAUGAAGAAGAGGAGGUGAAAGUUGAGGCAACAACAACAACAGCAUCAAAGCAGCAGUUAGAAGAAAGGAAAAAUGGGAAGAAGGAGGCUCAGAUAUCCAAUGUUGUGAUUGAAGAAACUACAAGCAAGCUUAUGGAGGAAAGGAAGAACAAAGUGAGGGCAAUGGCUGGGGCAUUUCAAACUGUCAUUGAUCACCAAGCCUCAUCAAAAUGAAUCAUGUAAUCAUUAUAUAUAUAUAUAUAUAUAUAUAUAUAUAUAUAUAUAUAUAUAUAUAUAUAUUUCAUGGGAGAAACUUCU